AUGAAGGUCUAUACAGCCACUUUUAUCGCGUCAUCGUUGAGUGGCAUUGCAUUGGUGCUAUCGCUGCUAGCCAUCAGCCAGUUAUGUCAAGAUGUUAACUCAAUAUGGAAUGAACUGGAUCGUGAAAUGAUGACUUUUAGAGAUGUCACAAAUGAUCUGUGGGCUGAUAUAAUGAAACUUGGCAAACAGUCGGGAAGAACGAGACGUCAAGCUGGUAACAACGGAAGUCGAGACUGGAUCGAAUUCAGACUAACUGAAAUCAUUCUAGAAGACGAAAAAGUGAAAGCUGGCCUCAAAUCAAAAGGCGAAGUGGUCGCUGAGAGCAGUAAUGGUACUGAUGAUCGUCAAGAAACGGCACGUUCGGCUGAUGUGAGCGGAAGCACGACCAGUUCGGAUGCUAACAAAUGCGUUGGUAAGCACUGCUCAAAGCAACCAAUCAAGGGAUGUGUUGGCUCAGCAUGUGCUUCAUUCAACCAAGCAUCUGGAGUUGGUGGCCUUGGAAGNGAUGAAGCGCCAGGUACUCCAUACGAUACACAAGCUCCGGCCGGACCUCCAGCUGGUAACGGAUGUAACUGUCAGAUCAAAAACAACAAAUGCCCCGCGGGUCCACCAGGGCCAAAGGGAGCAUCAGGACCACCGGGUAGCAAUGCACCACCUGGAAUCGAUGGAGUUGCUGGUAAAGGCAGCGAAGAUAUAACUCUCGAUCUACAAGCUACUCCGGCUUGCUACUAUUGUCCAGCAGGACCAGUUGGACCACCGGGAGCUAUGGGACGUUCAGGACCUCGAGGAAUGCAAGGCGCGAAUGGAAUGUUAGGACAUCGCGGGAUGGAUGGUCAACCUGGAUUCCCUGGAGACAGA